CGGGGCGCCCGCCCCCGACUAGCCCCGGUGGAGGCGCUGUCCCCGCCAAUGGGCCUGGCCGAGGCCCUGCGCCGCCUGAGCGGCGCCCUGGAGUCGGGGGCCGGCGGGGCGGGCGACGAGGAGGCCGGGCCCGGGCUGUGCCGCAACGGGUGGGCGCCGGCCCAGUGCCCGGCGGCGGCGGCGGCGGCGGGGCGGCGCGGCGGGCGCUUCGUCAAGAAGGACGGCCACUGCAACGUGCGCUUUGUGAACCUGGGCGGCCAGGGCGCGCGCUACCUGAGCGACCUGUUCACCACGUGCGUGGACGUGCGCUGGCGCUGGAUGUGCCUGCUCUUCUCCUGCUCCUUCCUCGCCUCCUGGCUGCUCUUCGGCCUGGCCUUCUGGCUCAUCGCCUCGCUGCACGGCGACCUGGCCGCGCCGCCGCCGCCCGCGCCCUGCUUCUCCCACGUGGCCAGCUUCCUGGCCGCCUUCCUCUUCGCGCUGGAGACGCAGACGUCCAUCGGCUACGGCGUGCGCAGCGUCACCGAGGAGUGCCCGGCCGCCGUGGCCGCCGUGGUGCUGCAGUGCAUCGCCGGCUGCGUCCUGGACGCCUUCGUGGUGGGCGCCGUCAUGGCCAAGAUGGCCAAGCCCAAGAAGCGCAACGAGACGCUCAUCUUCAGCGAGAACGCCGUGGUGGCGCUGCGCGACCGCCGCCUCUGCCUCAUGUGGCGCGUGGGGAACCUGCGCCGCAGCCACCUGGUCGAGGCCCACGUGCGGGCCCAGCUGUUGCAGCCUCGGGUGACCCCCGAAGGUGAGUACAUACCCCUGGACCACCGGGACGUGGACGUGGGCUUUGAUGGCGGCACGGAUCGCAUCUUCCUGGUGUCUCCCAUCACCAUCGUGCACGAGAUCGACUCCUCCAGUCCCCUCUAUGAGCUGGGGCGUGCGGAGCUGGCCCGGGCCGACUUCGAGCUGGUGGUCAUUCUCGAGGGCAUGGUGGAGGCCACGGCUAUGACCACGCAGUGUCGCUCUUCCUACCUCCCCGGUGAGCUGCUCUGGGGCCAUCGUUUUGAGCCCGUCCUCUUCCAGCGUGGCUCCCAGUAUGAGGUGGACUAUCGCCACUUCCACCGCACUUACGAGGUCCCGGGGACACCGGUCUGCAGUGCCAAGCAGCUGGAUGAGCGGGCAGAGCGGGAUUCCCACAGCCCCAAGUCUAGCUUCCCUGACUCGCUGACUGCAUUUUGUUACGAGAAUGAACUUGCUCUGAGUUGCUGCCGGGAGGAAGAGGAGGCCGAGGAGGGAGAUGAGUCGGAGGCCGAAGAGGGGGCUGCCAGCCCCCGAGUACUCACACCCACCCUGUCUCUGACCCUGCCCCCAUGAUGCCAGCUGGUGCCCCCCAUUUGUAUCCCCUUCCCAGAGGUAGCAACAUGGAGAGCCCGGGCCCUCUCCUGGGACCGACAGGCCUGCCGGGUAAAUUAUUAGCUGGUGAAGUUCUGCCUGCCUAGUGGACCCACCAUGGACACACUGGAUCUUAAUUCCUCUGUGUUGUGUGCUCCCCCCUGAGACCCCUGUACCGGCCUGAUUCCUGAGUCUGACCAGAGCUAAGGGAUCCAGGAUUCUGGACCACCCAAGAGGCAAGGACUGGUGGUUCUAGAUUCUUCUAUAUGGCUGGCGUGGGUUGUUGAGCAGGGUUCGGAAUCAGAGACAUAGGGUGCCUCUGGGGGAGGAAGUCAGCAGUUCUCCAGCAGCGAGUGAGAUCGAGAGUUUAUAGGCCUGGAUUGGUUUAAUAGUCAAGGGACUAUUGCGUCUUGGCUCAGCCAGCCAAGAAGCAAGUCCUCUUUUUCUAGACCACCUCAGCAGGAAAAAGUAUGGAACGCUCCAAGAAUUCAGGACUAACUUGAUUGACCUGGAGUGUUGACUGCAAGUCAAGAAAAGACCUGUGAUUCCAGAAAGCCCAUGUUUUGAGAUUGUUCAUCUAGACUGGCCUUAGAUAGUAGAAGUACUCCAGAAACUAAAGAGUUGGGUUUCUAGAAUGCACAAAACAACGGAGAGUCUGCUGGUCUAGGACUGCAGUGACAGAUGGGGAGUUCUUGAUAUUAGAUAACUCCAGACCGGUGGCUACAGAACGUCAAAGCAAGGGGAGAAUCGCUGCUUCUAAAUGACCCACAGGUGUGUGUUUUUAAAGUGCCAUUCUAGAAUGUCCAAAGGAACCAAGAUUCCGUGGCUCUGGAUCGACCACAGGGUCAGGGAAGGAGUGGCGAUCCUAGACGACUUCUUUGUGGUUCUGUAACGCCAAAAGGAACCAAGGCUUCAGGGAGCCAGAGUUGUCCGUGAUCGAAACCCGGAAGUUCUAAGCGGCUCCUGGAACAGUUGGACUCAGGACUUGAUAAGACAGCAUUUCUGGGCUGGCCUGAAGGUGAGGGCCCAGACAAGACCCUGCGGGUACCAGGGCUAGUGAGCGGGCACGGGAAGGGAGGGGGCCAUGGCUGGUGAGUCUGCAAUGCUCUGGAACCCUACCCCUAGUGAUGUGUAUCUAUUUCUUAAAGAUGUUAUAUAUGUGUGUAUGAUCUAUAUAUAUAAAAGCCCAAUGACUGAACAGCAGAACGACCAGAACAGCCAGUCAACCUUGCGUGAUGAUGCGCACUGACCACCAGGGGGGCAGACGCUCAAGGCAGGAGCUGCUCCCUCGUGGUCAGUGUGCUCCCAUAGCGGGUUGAUCCCCGCAGGCCAC